GCCUCGAUUCGUUGUAAUUAAGUAUAAAUAAAGUUAUUGUUACUGUUAAUACGCAACGUGUGCAACUCGUUACCCGCUACAAAAGCAUUACUUUACUCUUGAAUCACACAUGAAUAUUUGCACAUGUGUAUAUCUCUAUAUUUAGCAUCUAGUAAAAACCCCUAGUUCCGUGCCUUACAUCAUACCCCUAGAAUCCACUAGAUUAGUCCUAGCUCUCGGCGUCUCUGCGGUAUAGCCGGUGGAAGCAGGUUGCCCUAUAAAAAAUAGAGAGCUAUCCUUUUCUCACUAACUGAGGUAUAGUAAGAAAAGAGCAUUGUCGAGACGUAACACCAGAGAGAAACCUGAGAGGGGUCCACGGACUUCUAUGGGUGUUUACGACAAGUAAUCAGAUUUCCAAUCGGACCGAGCAGUGGUACUCAAUCGGUUCAUAUCGAAAAACCCCUAGACUAAUCGGAUUAUGUUUGCUGUCUCAGCAAUAAUCGGAUUAGAUCUAAUAAAUCAUGAGAAACAAGCUGAAAAGAAAUUUAAUUAAGUAAAAGUAUAGAAAUAGAUAUGUACCUUAUUAUUAUUUUGAACUAUUAUUCUAAAUAUUAACACUUUAUUUUCUCUAAAAUAUUAAUUAAUAAUAGAAGUAUGUAUGCGUUUUGAUAGAAUUCUGGAAAAAGAUGAAUUGUUUAUAACCUCACUGUAUUAAUUGUUAAUCUAUAACUUAACUAAAUUAAAAUAAUAUUUUUUCAUAAGCAGCUUGAAGACACAAUUGAGCUAUGGAUGUAAAUGAGGAUAGAACCAUUGAGCAAGAUUAUUUUGAAAACUGUAGAUUUCAGUGGACUACAGAAACCACUAAACUAUUAAUACAAGAAGUUAGAGACAAUAUAUCAUCAAUAAAUAAAAAGAAUACUAUGCAGAAGAAAAUGUGGAAAUCCAUCGCCAGUAAUUUCCACAAAAGAGGAUACAACAUCACAGACGAACAAUGUUCUACAAAAUGGAAGAAUUUAAAACAAAAAUAUAAACAUGUACGAGACAUCAAUAAUGAAACUGGUCGAGCUCCAGAAACUUGGGAAUAUUUCGACAUAACUGACGAAUUCCUAAAUACUAGGCCGGAAAUAUCGCCUGUCUCAAUUGCCUCCAGGACUCAUGGAUUUCGAAUAAGAGAAAGAAGUCCUCAUACAAACAUCGUGGAAUGCAACGAUGAGAAUGCAGUACCAAAUAUUUCUUAUGGCGUCACACGCAAUGUAAGGAAACGUAAAACACACAGUGACGGAUCCACAUUGUCGGAAAGACUGUAUAAACAAAGAGAAGAGCAUCAUAAAAAGAACAUAGAAAUGCAAGAAAGAUUCUUGACAUUAUUUGAAAAAUAUUUGCAAAGAGAUAAUGCAUAGAAGAUAGGAUUAUUUACGAUUAACCUGUAUUUUUUUCAAAAAAUGUUUUCGCCAUUUGCGUAGUAUAACUUUGUUAUAAAAAAAUCUUUAUAAUUCUCAUUAUAAUUUUUUAUUUUUUUUAUAUGUUAUAAAAACAUUU